GGGGAGGAGGAGAAGGGCAGGAGAAGGGGGAGGGAACGCGGGAGGAGGGUGCAAGUGGCCUAACACGGAUUUUCAUUGCCGAGGACAAGACCCCAGGUCACCGCAGCAGAAGAAGAUGCUCUUACCAAUUAAGAAAGUACACCAAGAAAGAAGAAGACAUAGAAUCCAGGAAACAGAAUGGCAGAAAUGCAAGGACUGAUGCAAAGGCUGGAGCAGGCAGUCGUCCGGCUGGAGUUGCUGUCUGCAGGGUCACACAGGCCUCCUGGGGACUGCGGGGAAGUGAAUGGUGUCAAUGGAGGUGUGACACCCUCUGUAGAGGCCUUCGAUAAGCUGAUGAACGGUAUGGUGGCCGAGUUUCUAAAGAACAGUAGGAUCCUCGCUGGCGACGUGGAGACUCACGCAGAAAUGGUGCACAGCGCCUUCCAGGCACAGCGGGCUUUCCUUCUGAUGGCCUCUCAGUACCAACAACCCCAAGAGCAUGACGUGGCUGCCUUGCUGAAACCGAUAUCGGAGAAGAUUCAGGAAAUCCAAACCUUCAGAGAGCGAAACCGGGGGAGUAGCAUGUUUAAUCACCUCUCAGCUGUCAGCGAAAGCAUCCCUGCCCUGGGGUGGAUAGCUGUGUCCCCCAAACCUGGUCCUUAUGUCAAGGAGAUGAACGAUGCAGCCACCUUUUACACCAACAGGGUCCUAAAGGACUACAAACACAGUGAUCUGCGCCAUGUGGAUUGGGUGAAGUCAUAUUUGAACAUUUGGAAUGAGCUCCAAGCAUACAUCAAGGAACACCACACCACAGGCCUCACUUGGAGCAAAACAGGUCCAGUAGCAUCAACUGCAUCAGUAUUGUCUGCCUUCUCCCCUGGGCCUGGCCUUCCUCCACCUCCUCCUCCUCCUCCUCCUCCAGGACCACCUCCACUUUUCGAUAAUGAAGGCAGAAAAGAAGAGUCCUCUCCUUCACGCUCAGCUUUAUUUGCUCAGCUUAACCAGGGAGAAGCAAUUACAAAAGGGCUCCGGCAUGUCACAGAUGACCAGAUGACACACAAAAAUCCCAGCCUACGGGCUCAAGGAGGACAAACUCGAUCUCCAACCAAAAGCCUUACUCCAAGUCCCACUUCUCCCAAAUCUCAUCCUCCUCAGAAACAUGUUCCUGUGUUUGAGUUGGAGGGAAAGAAAUGGAGAGUGGAAUACCAAGAGGACAGGAAUGACCUUAUGGUUGCAGACACUCAACUGAAACAAGUGGCUUACAUUUUCAAAUGCAACAAGUCUACUCUGCAGAUGAAAGGAAAAAUAAAUUCCAUUACGAUUGACAACUGUAAGAAGUUCGGCCUUGUGUUUGACAAUGUGGUGGGUAUAGUGGAAGUGAUCAAUUCCAAGGACAUUCAAAUUCAGGUAAUGGGGAGAGUGCCAACAAUUUCCAUUAAUAAGACAGAAGGUUGCCACAUAUACCUCAGCGAAGAUGCACUAGAUUGUGAGAUUGUGAGUGCCAAGUCAUCAGAAAUGAACAUACUUAUCCCUCAGGAUGGUGACUAUAGAGAAUUUCCGGUUCCUGAACAGUUCAAGACAAUAUGGGAUGGAUCCAAGUUGGUCACUGAACCUGCAGAAAUUAUGGCCUAACCUCCAGAGAGACCGAAUCCCCUGAUUUCCUGAACCUCCCAUAUCCAAAAAAAAAAAAAAGCAGAAUUGAAGACCUAGAAGUUCCGGUAGCACCUGCUGCUUUGGAUUGGGCCUCCAGUAACUCUGUGCUAUGGAAACAGUGCUGUUUUGGGCACACUGUAGUGGGCAUUUUGAAGUAUUUAAUGUUUCUUCAUGAUUCGCCUUCAUGUGUGAUUUUAGUUCCACAUGACUGUGAGCAUUACGUAUUUAAAGGUUAAAAAAAAAAAAGAAAAGGAAGUCUGUUCCCCUCAUGUCAUGAACACGGUAACCACUAGGUAAAAAUACUGCAUGGUUCACUUUUAUGCUUAUGUUUAAUUAAUUGCUAGCCAAAAAAUAAAAUCUUUGAGAGACUAAGAUGUACGUUUUUAUUUUUUAGGUAAUUUCGAUAUGAUCUAGUAAUAGUGCACCCUGAAAAGUGUACAAUUUUUUCCUUAUUUUUGACCACACGUCCACCUUUAUCAGCAUGAACACAUUGUCAAUGUGAAUACAUAUUUCAGCCCAUAUUUAAAAAAAAAAAAAGUUAGAAGUCCAUAUUAAGGGUCAAAUUUACUUUCUUGAUCCUCGGAAGACUAUAUUCUUUAUAGUUACUUAAAACCAAAAAUAAAUUCCGGUUAGCCAUCUUAAUUUUUUUUUCUGCCAUGUCACAUGAAAAACUGUAUUGCAUCAAGAUUUUUAUGCCAAGAAGUUGAUAGGAGGAAACCAUUUUCCUUGACAUAUAUAUAAGACCUCACAGUUUUGCUCUAAAGAUCAAGCUCAGUUUUCGUUUUCCAAUUUUGAACCUGUAAAUGAUGUCUGUAGUGUUCCCCUUACUAGCCAGUCUCAAAAAGAAACAUGAAAAAGCCAUAGAUGUACUACUUCUUCUAAAACUGAAGCAAUUAUUUGUUGGUUUGGCUUGCCAUUCCUAUUUUAUAGUCUUGAUAGUACGUGCUUUUUUAACACAAGACUAACUCUGAUAUUCAUUUAUGUCUUUUUCAGUCCGUAGUGUUAAAAAACCUGCAACUUCUUGGAUCACUUGUAAUGAAUCAUAGUAUAAUGCUUGCAGACCCAAUACAAGCCUAUAUAUUGUGCCUAUUACAGCCUUUGGAAUACACCAUUUCCGUUUUUUAAAUAUCUUCUAUAUCUGUAUAGUAUUCAAAUUACUAAUGCUCAUGUACCAGGGUUUUGCUAUAAAAGUUUUGUCCAUAUGAAUAAUGUUGUGGCUUUAGUAAAUAGCAUUUUUCGACUGUGAACUUAUUCUGAAAUAAAGUAAAAUUCUAGUUGUUUAAAUACCAUGAUUAAUUCUGGGUGUUAAAAUUA